AUGAAUGGAGACGGAUUUCUCGACUACCACGAAUUGAAGGUGGCAUUAAGAGCGCUGGGUUUCGACCUUUCAAAAAGAGAAGUGUUGAACAUCAUUGACGAAUACGACACGGAUAAUAGAAAAUUGAUCAACUACGAGGACUUCUACCAAUACGUGGGGAAUAAGAUCAUCGAGCGUGAUCCAAUUGACGAGAUCCGCCGCGCGUUCAGACUUUUCGACGACGAUGAGACGGGAAAGAUCAGUCUCCGAAAUCUGAGAAGAGUUGCGAAAGAAUUGGGCGAAAACUUGACCGACGACGAGCUACGUGCGAUGAUUGAUGAGUUCGACCUGGACGAGGAUGGAGAAAUCAACGAAGAAGAAUUCAUCAAUAUAUGUACCGAGAACUAG